AUGUACUCGUUUCCCACCGGCCAGCCGGGCCAGCAGCAGCAGUAUGGCGGCCAGCAACAACAGCAGUAUCCUGGCUUCCAACAACAGCCUCAGCAGCAGCAGCAGCAGCCAGGGCCUUUCAUGCCUCAACCAACCGGUUAUGGCAUGCCCCAGCUCCAACCUCAGGCCACCGGUUUCCCCGGCGCUAUGCAGCAGCCGCAGCAGCACCAGCAGCAACAGGCUCCCCCUUUCCAAUCCUCCCUCCAGCCGCCGCAGAUGACGGGCUACCCUACCCAGCAAACCUCGAGUUUACAAGUGCCACAACAGACCAGCCAGGCUCCCCAGCCCACAGGCCAAACAUCGUCGCAAAUUGCGCAGUCGUUUCAAAGUGUUCCGGGACAGGCACCUGCAGCACCUCCGAGGAAUGCGCAUGCCGGGUCGAAGAUACCGCCUAUGCGUUUGUCAUUUAUAACAGUGCAGGACCAAGCAAAAUUUGAACAGCUGUUUAAGUCCGCUGUUGGAGAUUCACAGUCGUUGGAUGGGGAAACGGCGAGAGAUUUACUUCUACGAUCGAAGCUACCAGGCAGCGAGCUGUCUAAAAUAUGGUUUCUAUGCAGGGUGCUCUCAGACACUACCAAGUCUGGUCGUCUUAUGUUUCCCGAAUUUGCACUGGCCAUGUAUCUUUGCAACCUCCGAAUAACAGGUCGCGAUCUACCUGCUACACUACCCGACCGUAUCAAGAACGAAGUUUCAAGCAUGGUCGAUAUCAUCUCCUUUGCCGUGCCCGACGAUCACCCACCACAGGCCCCUCGAUCCAAUGCCCCCAACUUCGACCAGCCAUUGAUGCAGAAUACCUCUGCUCCUCCUGCGCCGCAACAGCCGCAGCCUCAACAACCAUCUAACUCACAGCUUCUCUCACAAUUAACCGCUCAACCAACAGGGUUUUAUAACCAGGCUACUGGCUUUCAACCACCCAGUGCUAUGCAGCCCCAGCCAACUGGAUUCCCAGGUGGUCUACGACCGCAGGCCACGGGUAUGCCGCAAAACCCUCAAGCCACAGGAUACUCGGGUCCCCGACCGCCAAUGCCACCCAUGCCAACUGGAUUCACUUCUGGUCUAACCCCUGGUCAAACUGGUGGCCUUGCUCCAUUAACCGCCCAGCCGACAGGGAUUCCUGGCCAGUGGGGCUUCGUCAAUGCUCCAGCCACAGGAUUGCCAAACAUUGAAGCCCUCCAGCAAAGACUCAUGCCACAAGCCGGAAGGGAAUCCGGUACAUUCACCACUGCCGGACUUUCUGGAAAUGCCACAAUCCCAUGGGCCGUUACCAAGGACGAGAAGAAGAUUUAUGAUGAACUCUUUCGUGCCUGGGAUGGCCUAGGAAAAGGAUUUAUCGGUGGUGAUGUUGCCAUUGAGAUUAUGGGCCAGAGUGGACUGGAACGCCAACACCUGGAACAGAUAUGGACCCUUUCUGACCCCAAUAAUAGAGGCCGUCUAAACAAGGAUGAAUUUGCCGUGGCCAUGCAUCUUAUUUACAGAAAGCUUAACGGAUAUCCUAUUCCAAACAGACUUCCUCCAGAGCUUGUGCCGCCAUCAACUCGGAAUCUUAAUGAUUCCAUUGGAGCUGUCAAGUCGAUGCUUUCCCAGGAUGCAGAAGCUAGAAAAUCUUCUGGUGCAUUCCUGCAGCCUCAAAAGACUGGCGUUAGUUACUUGAAGACUCACUCUUUCAAUUCUGCGUCUGGAGGCUCUGGCUAUGCAAGGAAAGAUGCCACUGUCUUUAAGAACAAUGAUGACGCUGUUGGUUACAAGUCUAGUGCCCGCCGUCGUAUUGGCGCCGGCCGCACUCCUUCACCUGCUGCUUCUGUACAGUCAGAGAAAUCUGACGACGACUUAUCAAUUGAGCAGCUGAAGAAGAAAAUCCGUGAAACCAAGAUUAUGCUUGAUGCGACGGAUUUCAGAGACGAGAGCCAUGCAGAGGAAGAGCAAGCUUUGGAUCGCAGGGACAAGAGGGAGGCAGAGUCUCUAAUGGACAGAAUCCGACGAGUCCAGGAUGAUAUCGAUACCGAUCCAAAGGCUUCGUUCAGAAACCUGGACUCAAGUGCUGAGCGUCGUAGUAUGCGCCGCCAACUGCAGACUUAUCAGGACCAGCUUCCUGAACUGGCCUCCAAUGUACGCAAAACCGAACGGGCUAUUGCGGAUUGUAAGCUCGAACUUUUCAGGCUGAAAGAUGCCAAGGAGAAUCCAGGAAGUGCCUUGGAAAUCAUCGGUACUGGUCCAGGCGGUGCGAUUACGGAGAGUGAUCGCAUCAAGGCUCGUGCUCGUGCAAGAAUGCAGGCUAGAGCUGCUGAGCUGGCUGGCCGACCGGCCCCGGCUGCUGCAGAUGAAGGUGCUGCAGCUCGCAGGUUGGAAGAGGAGAGAGGCAAGAUUAACUCCGAACGUGAGCGCAAUGACGCCAUGACCAGGGAUGUUGAGGAGAGUGUCAAGGAGUUCACUGCCAGCCUUGAGGAUGGCCUUAAGGGAGAUAAUGAGAAUUCUACUCGUGAACAUGAACGACGACGUUGGGAGGAAGCACUUGGCGUUGAAGAUCAAAUCAGAGACCUCAUCUACGACCUUCAGCGAAAUCGUAAGACGGCGAAGAUCAGAAAGGAAGAGGAGAAAGCAAGUCGUGAAGUUUCCAGUGCAAACCAGUAUGGAAGCCAGGCCGAGAGCCAACCUAGGCCAAGCCCCGAGCUCGCUCUUCAUCCUCAGUCACCAUCUCUCGUUGGAUCGACGCACGAGCAAAGAGUUGCUGCUGCCAGAGAACGGGCUCAGCGCCGUAUUGCUGAACGAAUGGCUGCAGCUGGCCUCAAACCAGCUGAUGCCGGCGAAUCUUUCAUGGAACGGCAAGAACGUGAGAAGCGCGAGAGAGAAGAAAGACGCCAGCGUGCCGAGGAAGAGGAUGCUAAGCGUGAGCAAGAAAGACAGCGAAGGUUGGAGAGUGAGCAGACCCCUGCUCCUCCACCAGCAAAGGCUGGACCCAAGAAAGCACCGCCGCCUCCCCCAUCGCGUAAAGCCAGGUCCGACUCUGCUGAACAGAACGAGGCAAAGAAGGCAGAGGAGGAAGCCCUUGCUAUCAGAGCCAAGGAAGAACAAGAAGCUGCCCUUAGACAGGAGCAACAGGCUCAGGAGGCAGAAACGGAACAACUAGAGGACGAGACCAGAAGGCAAGAGGAAGAACUUGCUCGGGAAAAGGAGGCUGCUCAGGCUCGUCUCAAGGCAUUGGAAGAGCAGGUCCGCCAGGGCAAGAUCAAGAAACAGGAGCAGAAACGCCGCAAGCAGCAGGCAGAGCAAGAAGCUAGGGAGAAGGAAGCUAAGCUUGCAGCUCAGAGAGCCGAGUUGGAAGCUGCACAAGAACGGGAGCGCGAAUUGCAACGACAGCUUGAGAGCCUUGGAGACGAGGAAUCCUCUUCUGACGAUGAGGGUCCUGGAUUCGUUACGCCUCAGGAUACUACGCCUACCCAAAGCCAAGUAUUCGAGGAGCAAAAGGCAGAGGCUCCUUCUGCUGCACCCGCACCACCACCACCGCCUCCCCCUAUCCCUACAAUCACGGAGGAGGAAUACAUGGACUCACUCCGACCUCAAUCUCCUGAACCUGUCAUCCAUCAUCCAGUGGUGAACAAGCCAGUAGUUCCCGAAACCGAGUCAAGGAACCCCUACUUCCGCCAACUCAGCCAGUCGUCCUCUGAGCCCGCAGCUGCAGAGCCAUCAGCACCAGCCGCCCAAGACACUCAGUCAACCAACCCAUUCCACCGCCUUGCUCAAGAUAACACCAAAUCCGCUUUUGCAGCUGGGACCGCAGCGCUUCCCGGCCCUCUCGAGCGUAAAUCACGAGCUCGUCCCGAGGAAGAUGAUGACUGGUCCGUCGCUGAGUCCGACAACUCGUCUGAUGAUGAUGACCGUGCUGCUGGCGGAAGUGCUAAGCAACUAGCUAGCAUCCUGUUCGGAACAAUGGCUCCCCCACGCCCUCUAAGCGCAAUGGAUGAGCCUCAAGAUUCCAAGUCGCCCACUCCACAACCAGCCCAGAGCCCAGUUGCUCCUCCUCCAGCUCCCCCAAUGCCCGCCCCGGCUGCUCCAACCGAGCAGAGAUCCAAAAUACCAUUCGAAGUAGUAGAAGCCCCCCCAUCAAUGCCUCCUCCUGCUCCUCCGCUCCCUGAUAUGGCUGCCCCAUCUGCUCCGCCGCCGCCUCCACCACCUCCACCAGGCGGUGCUCCACCCCCUCCGCCUCCCCCACCCCCUCCAGGCCCUGCCCCUGGCGGCGGAGCCGGUGGCCCCAUGGGCAUGGGACGAGGUGCAUUGCUAGGAGAUAUCCAAGCCGGAAGGGCAUUGAAGAAAGUUGUUACCAAGGAUAGAAGCACCGCAAUGUCAGCUGGCCGUGUGUUGUAA